AUGAACUUCGCCUGUGCUACUCUGGUUCUCUCACUAGUCUCACAACAAUGCCUAUCCACGUCAAUUGACCUAUGGGCGUCGCUUCAGGGCCGUGCUGUCCCCCAUAUCGAGCCUAUAGAUCCUGGAGAGCUCAAGGCUCGCCUGGGAACUACACCUGCAGAGUAUAAUUCAAGCGAGCGCCACCCUGGGAUGGUCUACUUUUGCCGCGAAGAGAACUGGGGACCUCCAUGCUUUUUUUACUACCCAGAACUCAAGUAUACGUGUACUGGACUAAGCCCUGAGUUGUCUGGCCAUGUAGGCUCUAUCUUUGUUGAGCCUGGUGUUAUAUGUCGGUUAUCUGGCCAAAUAUCUAGCAAUAGGUGUAUACCGAAUAAGUUCUUUGCAUGGCCGGAGAUCCAAGGUGGAUGGUCUAACCUUUUUCAUCAAGAAGUGCCUGGAGGAAAAGGAAUCCUUGGAUACACGACGAAGUACUUUACAUGUGCCAAGUGUACAGCAUGCACUCGUUCGUUACCUGUGUGA